AUCCCAAGGUCCCUCUCUCAUCGAGCCUGAUCAAUUAACCAACAAUGGCGUCCUCUGGUCCUCCACGGGUUAAAAACAAGGCCCCAGCGCCGAUCCAGAUUACGGCAGAGCAGAUCUUGCGGGAGUCGUACUCGCGACAAGAACCACCCAUUGCGCCGCCGAAACAAAAGAUCGCGGAUCUCGAGGAGUUACACGAAUAUCAGGGCCGAAAACGGAAGUACUAUGAAGAUCAGCUAAGGGGCAACAGGCUGAAGAUGGGUGAGUGGAUGAAUUACGCGGCAUGGGAGUUACAACAAAACGAGUUCGCGAGAGCUAGAUCGGUGUUUGAGCGUGCGCUUGACGCGGAUGGAGCUUGUGUCCCGUUAUGGUUGAGGUAUAUUGAGUCCGAGAUUAAGACGAGGAAUAUCAACCAUGCGAGGAAUUUGUUUGAUCGGGCGGUGACGGUGUUGCCGCGUGUGGAUAAUUUGUGGUUCAAGUAUGUCUAUAUGGAGGAAACAUUGGGGAAUAUUGCGGGGACACGACAGGUGUUUGAGCGGUGGAUGGCAUGGGAGCCGGCAGAGGCGGCAUGGUUCGCUUAUAUCAAGUUCGAGACGCGGUACCAGGAAUACGCCCGUGUUCGUGCAAUCUACGAGAGGUUUACCGUCGUGCAUCCCGAGCCCAAAUACUGGAUCCGAUGGGCGCGGUUCGAAGAGGAGUUUGGUUCGAGUGACAACGUCCGCGAGGUGUUCUCAAUGGCAAUCGAUGCCCUCGGCGAUGAAUUCAUGGAAGAGAAGUUGUUCAUCGCAUACGCGCGGUACGAGACCAAGAUGCGCGAAUACGAACGCGCACGAGUCAUCUACAAAUACGCCCUUGACCGUAUGCCCCGCUCAAAGAGUGCGACACUCUACUCCCAAUACACCGCAUUUGAGAAACAAUUUGGUGAGAAAGAGGGGAUCGAGGACGUGGUGCUCAGCAAGAGACGAGUGAGGUAUGAAGAGACUGUGACGGUGCAACCGAAGAAUUAUGACGCGUGGUUUGAUUAUGUGAGGUUGGAGGAGUCUGCGGGGGAUGUGGAGAGGGUGAGGGAUGUGUAUGAACGCGCGAUUGCGCAGUUACCGCCGAGUCAGGAGAAGAGGCAUUGGAGACGGUUUAUCUAUCUCUGGCUUGAGUACGCGUUAUGGGAGGAACUCGAGACCAAAGAUUUUGAGCGGGCACGAGCGAUAUGGAAGGCUUGUUUGGGUCUUAUCCCGCACAAGAAGUUCACGUUUGCGAAGGUGUGGUUGGGGUAUUCUCACUUCGAGGUGCGCCGACUCAACUUGACCGCCGCGCGCAAGAACCUGGGCAUGGCCCUCGGCAUGUGUCCGAAGGAUAAGUUGUUCAAGGGCUACAUCGAACUCGAACUUCUACUCCGUGAAUUCGACCGGGUACGAACCCUGUACGAGAAGUUCUUGGAACAUGAUGCCUCGUCGUGUUAUGCCUGGAUCAAGUACUCUGAACUCGAACGAAUGCUCGGAGAUAUGGAUCGCGCGCGGGCGAUUUACGAGAUUGCGGUUGAGCAGGAGGUGUUAGACAUGCCCGAGUUACUAUGGAAGAGCUGGAUUGAUAUGGAGGUUGAGGAGGAGGAGUGGGAGAGGGCUAGAGGGUUGUACGAGAGGUUGCUUAGCCGGACUGGACAUGUCAAAGUUUGGAUUUCGUUUGCGGAGUUUGAGGUUUCUGUACCGGGUGAAGGACAGGAAGGGCAAGAAGAGGAGGAUGAAGACGAAGAAGUGCAGAGACCGGCGACGGAAGAGGCGAAGGAGAACGCCCGCGCGGUAUUUAAGCGAGCUCUCGAACACCUCCGCCAACGCGACCUCAAAGAAGACCGCGUCAUCCUCCUCGAAGCCUGGAAAUCCUUCGAAUCCGCCCACGGCACUGAACAGAGUCUCAAGGACGUUGAGGCGAAGAUGCCGAAGAUCAUUAAGAAACGUAGAGCAGUGGGUGAUGGGAGUUUCGAGGAGUAUUUCGAUUACUUGUUUCCAGACGAGGAAGAGAGGAAGGGGAAUAUGUUUGGGCUUUUGGCGAGGGCGCAGAAGUGGAAGGAGGAGAUGGCCAGGAAGGCGGCGGAGAAGGAGAAGGAGCAACCAGAAGCUUAGGGCAAAUGAUGCAGAUUUGUAUCAGGGGUGUGGGGGAUAGUCAUCGUAGGUGUAUUAGUGAUACAUCUAGUUCGCCCGUCCACCUCUGCCUCGUCCUCUGAAACCACCACGUCCGCUCUCUGGCCCUUCUGGCCGCCGUAGAACCCCGCUCUGUUCUCUCGGUGCUUCUCUUGUGACCAGCGUUCUUCCUGCUCCGCUUGCUCCGCUCGCUCCGCUCGCUCCACUAACUGGUCUCAUCGGAACUGGACUAGGAUUCGCAUUCCCGCUUCCCAGGAUCCUUUCGCGUGCUUCUGCAUAUCGUCUCUCCUUUUCCUUUCUUUCCUCUUCUAACUCUCGUUUUGACUUUUGCUGUAGAGCGUUCAAAUUGGUGCUGGAAUUCGAUGGUGACUCUCGACGCAGCAGCUUGACCUCCGGCUUGUACAUUGUGCGCUGAGC